UUUGCACAGCAAACCCAACAAUGAAUAACUGGACAAACUGUUUGGCCAAUGCAACUAUUUGUGAUGGUGCAUCCUGUGUGUUACCUGAGAGUAAUUCCAACUAUAUUCUAAGUUUAGUUCUGAGUACUGUCCUUACCAUCAUGUUGGCCUUGGUGAUGUUCUCCAUGGGCUGCAAUGUAGAUGUCAGGAAAUUUGUAGGGCACUUAAAACGGCCAUGGGGUAUAUUUAUUGGCUUCCUCUGUCAGUUUGGAAUCAUGCCCCUCACAGGAUUCAUCCUGUCAGUUGCCUUUGACAUUCUCCCCAUCCAGGCUGUGGUGGUGCUCAUCAUAGGAUGCUGUCCCGGAGGAACUUCUUCCAAUAUCUUGGCGUAUUGGGUCGAUGGCGACAUGGACUUGAGUGUCAGCAUGACCACAUGUUCCACACUGCUUGCCCUGGGAAUGAUGCCAUUGUGUCUCUUUAUCUAUACCAAAAUGUGGGCUGAUGCUGGGACGAUUGUAAUUCCCUAUGAUAGCAUAGGUAUUUCCUUGGUGGCUCUUAUUGUUCCUGUUUCUGUUGGGAUGUUUGUUAAUCACAAGUGGCCCAAAAAAGCCAAGAUCAUACUUAAGAUUGGUUCCAUCACAGGAAUCUUCCUCAUUGUGCUCAUAGCUGUGGUUGGAGGAAUACUGUACCAAGGUUCUUGGGUCAUCAAUCCCAAACUGUGGAUUAUAGGAACAAUAUUUCCUCUGGCUGGUUACUCCCUGGGAUUUCUUCUGGCUAGGAUAGCUGGUCAACCUUGGUACAGGUGCCGGACAGUUGCUUUGGAAACAGGGAUGCAGAAUACCCAGCUGUGUUCCACCAUAGUACAGCUCUCCUUCACUCCUGAAGAGCUAACUCACAUGUUCACCUUCCCACUCAUCUACAGCGUUUUCCAAUUGGUCUUUGGAGCCUUAUUCUUAGGAUUUUAUGUGGCAUACAAGAAAUGUUAUCAGAAAAAUAAUGAAGAAUUUCCAGAGAGCAAAGACAAUGAAACAGUGUUUCAGUCAUCACACUGUAAGAUGAAUGGAGGAUUUCAACCAGAUGAGAAGUAG